UCAGGGAUUGGAGGGGUGACCAAGGGUGACCGGUGCUGCCCAUUCCCCUGCCAUGUGGUGACACUCGUGUCCCCACAGGGURGUGGCACAGCCCGGUGGGACCCCCACGCCCGCCCAGGACCAUGAUCCCCCCAAAGGAGAAAGCCCGCGUCCCCAAGGACAGCAUGACACUCCUGCCCUGCUUCUACUUCGUGGAGCUGCCCAUCGUGGCCUCCUCCAUCGUGACGCUCUAUUUCCUGGAGCUGACGGAUCUCUUCAAGCCGGCCAAGGUGGGCUUCCAGUGCCAUGACCGGGCGCUCUCCAUGCCCUACGUGGAGACCAACGAGGAGCUGAUCCCGCUGCUGAUGCUGCUCAGCCUGGCCUUCGCCGCGCCCGCCGCCUCGAUCAUGGUCGGGGAGGGCAUGGUGUACUGCCUGCAGUCGCGUCUCAAGGGUCGCGCCGGUGCCGAGGGCAGCAUCAACGCCGGYGGCUGCAACUUCAACUCCUUCCUGCGCCGCACCGUCAGGUUUGUGGGYGUUCACGUGUUUGGGCUCUGUGCCACAGCCCUGGUGACGGACGUCAUCCAGCUGGCCACUGGCUACCACGCUCCCUUCUUCCUGACUGUCUGCAAGCCCAACUACACCCUGCUGGGCACCCCCUGCGACGCCAACCCCUACAUCACACAGGACAUCUGCUCGGGCACYGACAAGCACGCCAUCCUCUCUGCCAGGAAGACCUUCCCAUCUCAGCACGCGACGCUCUCGGCUUUCGCUGCCGUCUACGUGUCGAUGUAUUUCAACUCCAUCAUCUCAGACAGCACCAAACUCCUCAAGCCCAUCCUGGUGUUCGCCUUCGCCAUCGCUGCUGGCAUCUGCGGCCUGACCCAGAUCACCCAGUACCGCAGCCACCCCGCCGACGUCUACGUGGGCUUCCUGAUCGGCUCCGGCAUCGCCGCCUACCUGGCUUUCCACGCUGUCGGCAACUUCCGUGCCCCGACGGAGCGGAUCCCGACGCAGGCGCCAGCCAAGGACGCGCUGCGGGCGCUGACGCAGCGGGGCCACGACUCYGUGUACCACCAGAACAAAUCGGUGAGCACGGACGAGCUGAACCCGCAGGCRCGGCUGGAGGAGGCGGCGCGGCCGGUGCAGCGCGAGAAGAACUCSCUGGGCAGCCUGAAGCGGGCCAGCGUGGACGUGGACCUGCUAGCCCCGCGCAGCCCCAUGGGCAAGGAGAACAUGGUGACCUUCAGCAACACCCUGCCCCGCGUCAACACSCCGUCCAUGGACGACCCCGCGCGGCGCCACAUGACCAUCCAUGUGCCCGUGGACGCCUCCCGCUCCAAGCAGCUCAUCACCGAGUGGAAGCAGAAGUCGCUGGAGGGCCGGAGCAUGACGCUGGCCGAGGAGGCGGCGCAGGGCCGGGGAGUGGGGGAGCCCAGCGAGGAGGUGCCGCCCUCCCUGUACCCCACGGUGCAGGCGCGCUCGGCCGACAGGGCGGCCGUGGGGCCACGCGUGCUGAUCCAGCCCCGGCCGGGCGCCUCGCAGCUGGUGCACAUCCCCGAGGAGAGCCAGGCGGGCGCCGGGGCCGCGGCCGGAGCCGGGGCGGCCGUGCGGGCCAAGUGGGUGAUGGUGGCGGAGAAGGGGGGAGCGCAGAGGGUGGCCAACCCCCCGCGCCUGAUGCAGGUCAUCGCCAUGUCCAAGCAGCAGGGCCUCGUCUCCGUCACCCCCAAGCACUCGGARACGUCGUCGUCCUCCACCAGCUCUGACUCCUCGCAGUACCGCUCGCCCUCGGAGCGGGACAGCUCCAGCAUCAUCACCAUUGACGCGCACGCCCCUCACCACCCUGUUGUCCACCUCUCUGCCGGCAAYGGGCCCUGGGAGUGGAAGUCGGGGCCGAAGGGGCCGGAGGGGYCAGACACCUACGAGCUGGGUGAGGUGGGGAAGGAUUUCCACGGCUUCCGCCCAGCCAAGAGCGCCGGCGUCUCCCCUGGCUCCUCGGUCAGUGACAUGGAGCAGGACGAGCCGCGCUACGGCAGCCUGGCCGCCAUCCCGGGGGCAGCUGGGGGUGCUGGGGAGCGGGUGGAAGCCCCCCCCGAGGGGCUACUGGCCACAGCCAGCCGMGAUUCCACGCUGCGGAGGAAGCCGGCCGAGCGGGACGGGGCGGCCGACAGCGAGGUGGACCUGUACUACAAGAARAUGCAGGCAGGGCGCAGGUUUAAGGACUGAGCCCCGGUGCCUUCCCCGCACCCCUGCUUGGCUCGGGGGGUUCUGCCAUGCCAGGGCCCCUCUGCGGGGGAUGGAAGGACAGGGAUGGCUUUGCCUUCGAGCAGCGCGGCCACGCUGGUCCUGAGCCAGCCGAGACCUCUGUGGGACCCCCGGAGUGGGACCCUGCUCCCUCCUGGGCAGCUGGUGGGGCUCUGCUCCCCUCACAGGCUGUGGGGCUGGGCAGCUCCAAGCACUUUUGACUUUUUUUUUUUUUUUCCUCUCUAACACUGGUGCUGACAUUUCCGAAGGGUGAUUUUAUUCCGGCGCUGGAAGUGGAUGUCUGUAGGGGGGUGGGGAGGGAYAAAU